AUGGGCAAAGACCACCCUGAUGCGGACCUUCACCCAGAGGCUACAGGCCUGGCAGCGGCAACAGUUAAGGCUCACUCGGCGGAGUGCCCUCUAAAGCUCUACUCGGGUUGGUUUUGCCCCUUUGUCCAACGUGUAUGGAUUGCCCUUGAGGAAAAAGGCAUCCAAUAUCAAUACAUUGAAGUCAACCCAUAUCACAAGCCACAGUCUUUGCUUGAUCUGAAUCCUCGCGGCCUUGUUCCCACGCUGCAGUAUCAGGGAAAGCCGCUGUAUGAGAGUACUGUUCUUUGCGAGUUUCUCGAAGAAGCGUUCCCACAGCACACACCGCACUUGAUGCCUACGGAUCCCUGUGAGCGUGCGAGAAUCAGGAUCUGGAUAGAUUAUGUGGGUAGUCGCAUCAUUCCUGCCUACCACCGCUUCCUGCAACAUCAAGGCGACGGGCUCGAAGAAAAACAGAAGGAAUUCUUGAAUCACGUCAAGGAGUUCACACGGGAGAUGGACAAAGAAGGACCGUUUUUCUCAGGCAAGGAAUUCGGACUCAUUGACAUCGUGAUUGCACCCUGGGCCAACAGGCUAUGGGUCUUUGAUCACUUCAAAGGGGGUUCGGGUAUUCCUGACGAGGGCAAGGGCGGAGAGGAUGAGGAGGUGUGGAAGAGGUUCAGGAAGUGGCUCGCUGCUGUUGAGGCUAGGAAAAGUGUCAAGGAAACGUUGAGCGACAAGCAGCACUAUUUGCCCAUAUAUCAAAGAUAUGCAGAGGACCGAGCCCAGAGUGAGGCUGCAAAAGCAAUUCGGGCUGGUAGGGGGAUUCCCUAG